AUGAAUGCCCAGAAGCAGGGAUAUUUUACACAGGAUGAGUGGCAAAGAGGCCUGAAAGCUCUUACUGUUGACACUCUAAAUAAAUUGAAGAAUGCAUAUUUUAUUUCAGAUGAGUGGCAAAGAGGCCUGAAAGCUCUUACUGUUGACACUGUAAAUAAAUUGAAGAAGCACUCUCGGAAGGUUAGGACGCCUCAAAAUUUUGCAGAUUUCUAUUCUUUUGCAUUUCAAUUCUGCCUAACAGAAGAUAAGCAAAAAUGGAUAGAUGUUGAAUGCAUUUGUGAAUUGCUAGAUAUUGUUAUGGGGUCCCAAUUUCCGUCCCAGGUUGCCUUAUUCACCAAGUAUUUAAAGAUCCAUAAUGAUUACAAGGUGAUUAACAUGGAUCAAUGGACAAGCUUUCUACGGUUUUGCAGCCAGAUAAGCUUUCCAAACCUUAAAAAUCAUGAUACAAUCGAAGCUUGGCCAUUAAUCCUUGAUGAUUUCGUCAAGUGUAUGAGAGAAGAAAAGCUAGCCACAACAGAAUCUUAAUAUCCUUUCUAUAGAUUAUAGUGCUAAUCAGACGACGUAAUCAUGAAAUCCCGAUUUCCAUUUUUUUUUUCUUUUCCUUCUUUUCCACAUCAUUUAGCGGUUAAAGUUGAUUUACAUGUGCUCGACUUGACAAUCAAAAGAUUUGUAUGUUUUAAACAGGAUUGACCAAUUGUAACCGACUUUGUUGUGAUU